GAUUAGUCGGAAUACAGGUGGGGAAGAAAUAACGUGUGCGGCAUUGGGCAAAUACACCAAGAUGGCCCCCAAAACUAUGGAACCAGUGGCCAGGAAGGUCUUUAAAGGAGUGCUCUUUCUGGAGGUGGUUGGUGUGUUUGCAGCUUACGGGCUCUAUUACAGAAUGAACACGAGCCGAGAUUUCAGAUGCACGAUGAACAAACGCUUUCCCUCAGUUCUGGAAGUUUAUUACAAGUCCAACGAAUGGGCCGGAAACUACGGCAUCCGGGAAGCCGAUCGGGACGUGUGGUCUACUAGGCAGGAAUAGACGGACAGAGACAAAAAGAUGACAAGAAUCAUCACUUCUUCCUGCCUGCAGUCUUUUUGCCCGGUCUGCGUUUCUCAAAUGGUUUCCUCUUUUUGAACAUGGCCUUCUUCCUCCUGAGCGUCUUAACGUCACGUCCCUGGAUCCAGUCAUCACGCUGCACCUCCCAUUUCAGCUGUUUGACACCUGAAGAUGAGAAGCAGAAGCACAGACUGCGUUAAGAGACUGCGCCCUGACUUUUUCCAGAACAUAUGAAUGUUGUGGUCAAUGAUCAGUGUCAGUGAUUUAUUUAUACACAACAGUUUGUAGCUUCACCAUUGUGGAGGGAUCUGGCUGGCAUCUAGCCAAAUGAAUAAAAUUAAAUAAUUUUCAAUCUGUAAUCUGACUGUUUGUUCCUCUUUGUGUAAAAAUAAACACAAAAACGUGUACAUCA